AUCGAUGCUGCAACUUUUCUCCGUUAUCAGUGCAAAGUUCUUAUCAAAGUGCGUGGAAAUGGUUUCACUAACCGGUUUCUGUAUUAUUAUGAUCUUGCAAUUGGUGGCAAAUGGCGAAAUGAAACCAAUCGAGACAGCACCUAAAGAUGUUAGCACACACAAGGAACCCGGAAUCGGAACGACUACAACGGAUGGUCCGGUGAAGAGGAGCACAACAGAAGCUGUUCCGACUAUCGAUAGGAAUCAUGUUACGUUAGCCCUGCCGGAUGAACUAUUCUCGUCAACGGCUAAUUUAACGCUACGACUGAGAGAUGUGGUUGGACAGCUCAUAAUGAGUUCCACUGCCCGCUUCGCUAAAUUAUUGCGUUUUGUUCAACCUCUCUUUGGAAAUUCACUAGUAAUCGAGAUACCGAAGGAUUUGCAAUAAACAUUUUAACUAAAAC